GAGCAUCCCUUGCAAGAUGUCCGCACUAAGGAUCUGGCUAAUGCAAGCUUUGCUUAUUUUCCUCACUACUGAGUCUAUAGGUCAACUUGUGGAACCAUGUGGUUAUAUCUACCCUGAGUUUCCAGUUGUCCAGCGUGGCUCUAACUUCACUGCCACUUGUGUGCUAAAGGAGAAGUGUCUGCAGGUGUACUCCGUGAAUGCCACUUACAUCGUGUGGAAGACAAACCAUGUUGCCGUUCCUAAGGAGCAGGUCACAGUCAUCAACAGAACGGCAUCCAGUGUCACAUUCACAGACGUGGUCUUUCAGAACGUCCAGCUCACCUGCAAUAUCCUGUCAUUUGGACAGAUCGAGCAGAAUGUGUAUGGAAUCACCAUACUUUCAGGCUAUCCUCCAGAUAUACCUACAAAUUUGAGUUGCAUUGUGAAUGAGGGGAAGAACAUGCUGUGUCAGUGGGACCCAGGAAGGGAGACAUACCUUGAAACAAACUACACUUUGAAGUCAGAGUGGGCAACAGAGAAGUUUCCUGAUUGUCGAACAAAGCAUGGCACGAGCUCCUGCAUGAUGGGCUAUACCCCCAUCUAUUUUGUCAACAUCGAGGUCUGGGUGGAGGCCGAGAAUGCCCUUGGGAAUGUCUCCUCAGAGCCUAUCAAUUUUGACCCCGUGGAUAAAGUGAAACCCAGCCCACCUCAUAAUUUGUCAGUGACCAACUCAGAAGAAUUAUCCAGUAUAUUAAAACUAGCAUGGGUCAAUUCAGGUUUGGACAGUAUUUUAAGGCUGAAGUCGGACAUCCAAUAUAGGACCAAAGAUGCCUCAACUUGGAUUCAGGUCCCUCUUGAAGAUACAGUGUCUCCCCGGACUUCGUUCACUGUUCAGGAUCUCAAGCCUUUUACAGAAUAUGUGUUUAGGAUUCGGUCCAUUAAGGAGAAUGGGAAGGGCUACUGGAGUGACUGGAGUGAGGAGGCGAGCGGGACCACAUAUGAAGACAGACCAUCCAAAGCGCCAAGUUUCUGGUAUAAGGUAAAUGCAAACCAUCCACAGGAGUAUAGGUCUGCACGGCUCAUAUGGAAGACAUUGCCCCUUUCUGAAGCCAAUGGGAAGAUCUUGGAUUAUGAAGUGGUUCUUACACAGUCCAAGUCAGUUUCGCAAACUUACACAGUUAACGGCACAGAGUUGAUAGUAAACCUCACCAAUAACCGCUAUGUAGCGUCUCUAGCAGCAAGAAAUGUGGUCGGCAAGUCCCCUGCAACCGUCCUCACCAUCCCCGGCUCCCACUUCAAAGCUUCUCACCCCGUAGUGGAUCUUAAAGCAUUUCCAAAAGAUAACCUGCUCUGGGUAGAAUGGACACCGCCAUCUAAACCUGUGAACAAAUACAUACUAGAGUGGUGUGUGUUGUCAGAGAACUCACCCUGCAUCCCAGACUGGCAGCAAGAAGAUGGCACUGUGAAUCGGACCCACUUAAGAGGAAGCCUACUGGAGAGCAAGUGCUAUCUGAUCACAGUAACCCCAGUGUUUCCCGGUGGGCCUGGAAGCCCUGAGUCCAUGAAGGCGUACCUCAAACAAGCAGCUCCUUCUAAAGGACCGACUGUUCGGACAAAGAAAGUGGGGAAAAAUGAAGCUGUCUUAGAGUGGGACCAUCUUCCUGUUGAUGUCCAGAACGGAUUCAUUAGAAACUACUCCAUAUCUUAUAGAACCAGUGUUGGAAAAGAAAUGGUUGUGCGUGUGGAUUCUUCUCACACAGAAUACACACUGUCCUCUUUGAGUAGCGAUACACUGUACAUGGUCCACAUGGCAGCAUACACAGAAGAAGGUGGGAAGGAUGGGCCGGAAUUCACUUUUACAACACUAAAGUUUGCUCAAGGAGAAAUCGAAGCCAUAGUCGUGCCUGUGUGCUUAGCUUUCCUCCUGACAACGCUGCUGGGAGUCUUGUUCUGCUUUAAUAAACGAGACCUAAUUAAAAAACACAUCUGGCCGAAUGUCCCAGAUCCUUCAAAGAGUCAUAUUGCCCAGUGGUCACCUCACACCCCCCCAAGGCACAAUUUUAACUCCAAAGAUCAGAUGUACUCAGAUGCCAAUUUCACUGACGUAAGCGUUGUGGAAAUAGAAGCAAACAACAAAAAGCCUUGUCCAGAUGACCUGAAAUCCUUGGACCUGUUCAAGAAGGAGAAAAUAAGUACAGAAGGGCACAGCAGUGGCAUUGGGGGGUCCUCGUGCAUGUCCUCUUCUAGGCCCAGCAUCUCCAGCAGUGAGGAGAACGAGUCUGCUCAGAGCACCGCAAGCACGGUGCAGUACUCCACCGUGGUGCACAGCGGCUACAGGCACCAGGUGCCGUCAGUGCAAGUGUUCUCAAGGUCUGAGUCCACCCAGCCCCUGCUAGACUCCGAGGAGCGGCCAGAGGACCUGCAGCUGGUGGAUAGUGUGGACAGCGGUGACGAGAUCUUACCCAGGCAACAGUAUUUCAAACAAAGCUGCAGUCAGCCUGGAGCCAGUCCAGAUGUUUCACACUUCGAAAGGUCAAGCCAGGUUCCGUCAGGCAGUGAGGAGGAUUUUGUCAGACUGAAACAGCAGCAGGUUUCAGAUCACAUUUCAGAGCCCUAUGGCUCCGAGCAACGGAGGCUGUUUCAGGAAGGUUCUGUGGCAGAUGCUCUUGGCACAGGGACUGAUGGACAGAUAGAGAGAUUCGAAUCUGUUGGAAUGGAGACAGCGAUGGAUGAAGACAUUUCCAAAAGUUACUUGCCACAGACUGUAAGACAAGGUGGCUACAUGCCACAGUGAGGGACCGGCUCCUGCGGGACCUCAGCGGGACUGCGAAGUAAAGCUAAAAUGCUCGUGACUUCAGAUGGGAAAUAAUCUUCAGUCCCUGAUGAUAACCAUUGCCUUUAAGGACAAAGUCACAACUGGGCCAUCUCCAUUCCAGAGUAUCUGGGAUUCUCCUUCAAGCACUACAUGAACUGACUUUAUCCUCUGAAUAGCUGGAGGACUCUGCGCUGUUUCAGAAUGUUUGCACUGCUGAAAACUAAGUGUGUCUGAGUUUGUAAAGCUUUUGUUUUGCUCCAUAGAAAGUGGGGAAUUUAAAUGAGCCGAGCCGAGCCAUGGCGUCGCUCAGCUGUGCUGGUGGUGAGACUGACCAUUCAGAUGCCGGGAGCAAAGGUCUAACCCUCCUCAGCCAGCAGCUUCAUGUCAGAGUUCCCCGGGCAGACUGCCCAGAUUGUGUCACCUAUCAAAAAAAAAAAAAAAAGAGUGGAGGGGGCAGGGUGGCUCAUUUCUGGGUUUGUUAUUAGAGAAUCUUGGCUUGUUUGGUGCCGUUGGUAUCGAUGCUUCCAGUUAUUACUGAAGAAAAGGACGAACUUUCAAGAGAAGCAGCAUAGAAGAACCCAUUACCUUAUAUUCACCUAAAACCUCACAGAAACCUGCUUAUUAGUGAUAACAUUUUUCAAAGUCAGUUUCACCAACACUCUAGUGGACCGGGCUGGCCUCAAACUCACAGAGAUUUGUCUGCCUCAGCCUCCGGAGUACUGGGGUUAAAGGCAUGUACCACCACCACCACUUGACUUAAAAAUUUGCUGUUUUUAAAGACUUAAGUUGCUGACAUUUUUCUGAACGUAUAUAAACACACCAGGGACAGAUGAUUCCAGAUGUUGGUGGAGGAAGCACUUUAUCCAGAAUGUCUUCAACUGUACAUUACUUUAAUUGACUCCACCUUGUUUUUGUUUUUAAGACUAGCAAGGUGUUUGCUGAAGGGUGGCAUUGCCCAGAGGCUCAGGCGAGUCCCAGAGCUCACGCACCGAUGUCUGUGACCACCACCGUGGCAGAAGUCCUCCUACAAAGCUGACGAAGCCGUGAGGGUUUUGUUAGUUUGCUGGGCGGGGAUUGAGCCCACAGCCUUGUACAUGCUAGACACUACCACUGAGCUCACCUACACAUCUCACUAUGUUAUGUAGGCUCAAGCGAUCCUCCUGUCUCAGCUUCCUGAGUGUUGGGACUUCGGGUGUGCGCUGCCACACACCCGACCAGGUAGUUUUAAUAUCUGCCAUUUAUGAGGUAGAGUUUUACACAGGAUUUAGGACUAUCUUAAACCUGUUCCUUAGGUUGCUUUGUUAAGGAAUAGCCUGGACAUCCGGUGUUUAGCACUAAAGCCAUUAUGUAUGCGCCUAACUUUCCAGUGACAUGUCCUGGGUGGGCAGGAGUUGACUGAGCGCCAUUAGUGGUUGAUUACCACCAAGUGUGCGCACAGGAAAAGGAUUAAAGUUUCAGAACAUGGCCCUUAAUCAUUCAUAGCCGCUGCCCCACGGUGGCUGAGGAGGAGUUGAUGUGCACUGAGCUGGAUGUGGUUUUGCCGUUCACUCAGAGGACUGUUUAUACUCUACUUGUGAUGUGUUAUCGUUAUAUUUUUAUACUAGGUAAUCCUGUUCUGAGUCCUUUCACGUGUAUAAUCCUCAUGGGACUGUACGUGCUUUGCUCUGGUAUUCAGUUGCCUUCUUGGCAAAACCAGCCUAGAAUUGCUAAAAUGCCAGGAUUGAAGUUAGAUGAUGAAAGUCGGGCACAGGAAGGCCAGGUCAGGGUCAGAGAGACCAGAAUUCACACUACAAGGCUGGCACCAUCACCAUUCAAGUUGGGCAUGGAAGCCUGGGCCCGGCAGGACUGAGCUCCCUAUGUAUGUGUAUCUGCCAGGAAAUUAACACUUGCUAAAUUUCCCAUCCUCUCACAGCGAGCAGUGUACCUGUGCGCUGCUGUGAACGUUGUAGUGUGAAGUCUGUCCUGGGGUAGGGAGUUACCAGCGUGAGGUCAGGGAUGAACACAGCUCACUGAAGACGAGCCUGGUGGAAGAGAGUUUGCCAUUGUGCCCACUGCAUGAACAUUCCCUCGGGGGAUGUAUCAUGGAGCACCUCUCUUUGCUCUAAGAAAGAGUCUUAGAAUUCAUCUUAAAUACAGACUUUGCUACAGCAUGUUUAAGAAUAAUCUGGAUGCACGUAACUUGUAUUUUAGGUAGGCAGAGAAACUAAUCUGGCUGCUUUCUGUAAAACCAGUCUAAUAAAGCUAAUUCUAUACAUGUUCUUUUCUUCUCUCGUGUGUAAAACUGUAGUUUAAGGCAAUCAGAAAACAACCUAUCUUGUGGCCAAAACUAGUUCACUGUAGUUUAAGGCAAUCAGAAAACAACCUAUCUUGUGGCCAAAACUAGUUCACUGCUUCUGAUGCAGUUGCCUGCUUAGGAGUCAUAGACAAAGAAGGUUUAAUGUAAUCAAUAUUACCAAACAGAGUUCCCAUCUUUUACUCACCAAACAAAGUCAGUCCUUCGAAAAGCAUAAGUCAGUACUGGCGGACACAGAGAAGCCAAAGUAGGAAAAGUGCAACCCCAUCCUGGUUCUCCUGUCUACAGUUCAUUCAGCUUCUGCAUAGUUCCUGAACUGUAGGGUUUUUUGCUUUUCGGGUUUUUUUUGUUUUGUUUUGGGGUUUGUUUGUUUGUUUUGUUUUUGGGGAUUUUGGGGGGGUGUUUUUGGUUUUUUAAGAUAGGGUUUCUCUGUGUGGCCUUGGCUGUCCUGGAUCUGCCAGCCUGGUGUGCCACCACUGUCUGGUGAGACCAUAGUUCUUACUGUGAACUUAAAGGGCUGAAGAGGUAGAAGGGCUUAUGGGACGGACUGCAGCUUCUAAUUUUUUCUCAACCCUACUUUAAUAAUGGUUCUUAAAUGCUUUAACCUUCCUUCUAGCCCACCACCCAUUAGGGGUAGUGGAAAAGAGAGGAUACAGGUGAAGUGGACCUGUUUAGAAAUGGUUCUUUGGAGCAAAUCCUGUCUGCACUGUCAGGAAAUCAGCAGUUCGGUUCACUGGUCAGCAGUGGCAGCCCCACUCGAGAACACACUUCCUGGAUGCACCAGCAGUCCAGUUCAGUAGUGUCGGGAGAGCAGCAGCGGUGGCCCGACCUAGCAGGAGUGGCCAGGCCUCAGCCUCAGCACAAGUCAGCAGAAAGAACCAGAAGUUCUCAGCUGUGCCUCUCAGUGAAAUGAAAAUAUCCAAGACUGUUGAGUCCUAUAUAUACUGCCUCCAAAUAUCAUGUGUCCGUGGGUGUGGUCUCCCCACGUGUCUUGCCUCAGUAUGUGAGUCUGUAUCAGCUGACAUGACUGCCAAUCGACCCAGGUCAAGGAAUUCGCAAGAAGCCACCAGAACACACGUUUUUUGGUGUUUCUCUUUAUGGAGUCCUGACAAAUGGCGCACAAUGAUACAUGUGAGGCAAACCAAUAUGUGUGUUAUUACAAAGAAUCCUUCAUCAUGUGUCCUUUCGAAUGCUUUCUGUAGCAAAAUAUCCUUUCACCUGUGUCUGCUUUAGCAAAACACCGUCCAACACAACUGACUUUCCAAAGAACCUUAAGUUUCCAUUCCACAGGACACUGUCAAAGCCAGGACUGCUAACGUCCCAUUAGACAUCGCACUGUUUUUAAAGCUGUCUUCUUUUUCCUGCCCACAGAAUUAGAGCUACAGCAUUCCUCAGUGUUUGUCAUAGACAUGUAUUAACCAGGUAGAACAAGCCAGGAGGUUUUAGACUAUUAAGUUUACUCUCCUGCUUCAUGUUACUGAGUUUCCUUUAAAAGCAAGCUUUUAACACAACUUCUGGUUAGUAGAGAUUUUCAUGACAUGAGUAGAAUCAGUGAGCUGCAAAAAAAAGUGUAAAGGUGAAUUGUUAAAAAUAACCCCUUGGGCUAGCUCUGCUCUAGGCACUGUUGUUACAUUACCCAGGUAAGAUUACGUUUUAAAAUGUGCCUUUCUAUGAGUUAGAAAACACACUAUAUGGCAAACUAUAUAAUUAAUUCAUAGACAAAGUCUUCUCAAGCCAGAUGUACUAUCUCUCAGGUUCAUGGUUUGUUCUGUCACAUGCAGGUUAGCCUAUGCUCACUCCGGUAAAGCUAAAACGGUGAUGGCUGUAGGUGUUACUCGCUCUAACUUUUUUAGGGCUUUUUGUCACCAGUAAGCUCCCACAGACUGGUCAGUUUUUUGUUUGUUUUUUGUUUGUUUGUUUUAAUUAGUUGUCAACACCAGUGAGGGGGUCAGCAUGAAAACGCACCAGGCCGGUUGGGUAGAGAUUCUUAGUCCUGUGAUCACCAGCUUAGUCUGGUAACCACAGACUGCAAAUGCUGUUACGUAACUAGAAACAUGGGACGUAUCAGAACAAGGGGAUGCUACACAGGUGUUUGUGUAAUAUACAGUGCACCUUGCUGCUAGUGUGACAGUAGGCAUUCCCUGUGGCCCCUUAUGCCUUUGCUCUCCUGUACUCCACGUGAGCCCUGUUCUCUCAACUCUGCCCCACCCACCCAUGCAGCUUCACAUGGGAAGCUUGCCCGUGUUAGCGCUGUAGUAAGUUGCAUGUGCUGAGUAUAACCAAAGCUAUCAUUUUUAUGUUGACCCUGUCAUAAAUGUCUUACUAUAUCAGCUCUAAUCCUUUUUAAAUAAAUUUGAGAAAGAAACU